AUGAAGCUUGACGCCAAGUCAAUGCGAUACCUCACCGGGGAGGACUUUCGCGUCCUUGCAGGUGUUGAAGCUGGAAGUCGAAACCACGAAGUAGUUCCUACUCCAUUAAUCGUUCAACUCUCUGGGUUAAGAGGUGGCAGCGGGGUUCACAAGAGCAUCUCGAACUUGGCAAAGAUCAACCUCAUCGCCAAGGUGAAGAAUGCCAAAUAUGACGGAUAUCGGUUAACGUACGGCGGGCUGGAUUAUCUCGCACUCAACACACAUCAAAAGCAGAAGAGCAUCUACUCAGUCGGAAAUCAGAUUGGCGUCGGCAAGGAAUCAGACAUCAUCGUUGUUGCUGCAGCAGACGGGUCGCAGCGUAUUAUGAAAAUCCAUCGCCUUGGUCGCAUCUCCUUCCGAACCGUCAAGACGAAUCGAGAUUACCUCCGCAAUCGCAGCACAGGAUCAUGGAUGUAUAUGUCACGACUGGCGGCAAUCAAGGAGUUCGCAUUUAUGACAGCGCUUCGGAACAAUGGAUUUCCAGUGCCAGAGCCAAUUGCGCAAAACAGACAUACCAUCGUCAUGAGCUUGAUCGACGCGUUCCCGCUCAGACAAAUAUCUACUGUUGGAAAACCAGCCCAGCUUUAUGCGGAGUUGAUAUCAAUGAUCAUGGAACUGGCGCGAUAUGGGCUGAUUCACGGUGACUUUAACGAAUUCAACAUCCUGAUCAAGGAAGAACAAGACCUAAAGGCAAAGGGCAAAGCGCCUGCGAAUGCCGAGGAUGACAAUGACAACGUUCGGCUGGUUCCGAUUCUCAUUGAUUUCCCGCAGAUGGUGUCAGUUGACCAUGUGAAUGCAGAGAUGUAUUUUGACCGAGACGUGAAUUGCAUCAAGAGGUACUUUCAACGACGAUACCACUUUACGAGUGACGAUCCCGGCCCUUUCUUUGCGGAUGCUAAGAAGCAACUAAAGGCCAAUCCUGGCAAGAGAUUGGAUGUGGAAGUGGAAGCAUCUGGAUUCUCAAGGAAAAUGGCCCGGGAGUUGGAGAAAUAUAUGAAAGAAGUUGGCGUUGAUGGCGAUGCUGACAAUGAGGAGCGCAACGACUCUAAUGAAGAUGACGAGGAUGAUGAUGAUUAUAAUUCUAGCGGUGAAGAAGAUGACAAUCACGAAGGACAGCAGGAGGAGGGCUCUCAAGACCAAGAUUUGGGUCUAGACACGCAUAAAUUAAAGGAGCUAAAAAUAUCGGAUUCGGGAUAG